CAAACAAAUAAUCGUGCUGUUUUAAAUCUUUUGUGUUCCCCCUCUUAUUUUUAACAAAUGUCACCGUUUAUAAAAUAGGAAAUAUGGUAAAACGUUGUGCGUGGGGACUGUGUAAGUCCGACAGUCGUUAUCCCGAGCGGUUAGGUGAAGGAGUCGAGUUUCUUCCAUUUCCAAAACCUAAAAGAAAUUUGAACAAAUGUCUACGAUGGAUUAUGGCCUGCGGAAGACCACAAGACCAGCUGAAUCCCGAAUAUGUUAAUGGAAACUAUCACUUAUAUGUUUGCACUAAGCAUUUUCCUGAGGGAAAGCCAACUGAGAAAUUUCCAGACCCUUUGCCAGCCAUAGCCACAGGAUUUGUAAAGAUAGCUCCUAAAAGACCACCACCAAAGCAGCGCAAUGCAACACUGCCAGUACCUAAAGCCAAAAGAAAAGUUCUUCGUGACCAGGAUCCUGGGAAUGAGUCAAACGUGAAUACAAGUCAGUGUCCAGCUUCAGAUGACAGCACAAAGCCAGCUGGAUCAGGACCUAUGAUGUUGCCAGUAAAUCCGCCAAAUCCUCAGUCUGUUGAAACCACCUCCAAGUCAAAUAAUGAAGAGAAACCAAAAGACAAUACACCAUCUCUGGAAUUCCAAGCUUUGACAGAAAUUAACAAGAGAUUACAACAGCAACUAGCGAAGCAAAUUUUAAUGAAUGAUGAUCUCCGGAGAGAGAAUGCCACUUUAAAGGGCGAGAUCAAGAGUAUGCAGAAAUGUGUCCAGAGAGAUAGACCACCUAGAAAACGACCAUCUAGAGCUGGCAGUUCAUCUCAAAUUCAGACUUUGUCUCAAAAUGGAAAUUUGUCUCAAAAUGAGUGUUCAUCUCAAAUUGGGAAUUUGUCUGAGAUUGGAAAGUUAAACACUUUAUCUUCUAUUGGAAAUUCAUCACAACUCAGAAAUUUUGUUCAAAUUAAGCACAAAUCUCAAAUUGAAAACUUGUCUCAGACUAAAAACUCAACUGAAAUUGAGAUUGUUAGGGGCAAUUCUCACAGCUUUUUACAUCCACUUUGCGAAGAAAAUCCUUGUCAACCAAAUUUGGAGAUUUCAAAUGGUUAUGUCAAAGAUUGGGAAAAUAAUAUUAUUGUCGUGAAGCAAGAGAAAGAAUGAUUGAUUCAUUUAAUUUCAUUGACCUUUAUCUACAUGUAAAUUUUUUAUGCCAAGGGCUUUCAUUGAUUAGAUUUUAGAAUCGGAAGUAUUAACCUCAAAAACUCUUAUUUCGAAAGUAUCUCACUCUGAUGUGAGAAAGUUUGAUUAUCACAAGUUGUGUUAUUAUUAUAUUAAGGGUACAUGCCUGUGCUAUUCUGAUUAAAUUAUACUGAUAAAAUUAUACUGAUAAUCAUCUGUACAAACUCAGGGAAUUAGGUUUUAGCUCGACUAUUCGAAGAAUAAGGAGAGCUAUACUACUCACCCUGGCGUUGGCGUCAGCAUCACACCUUGGUUAAGGUUUUGUGUGCAAGCACACAUAGGUUAAAAUCUUUAUACAAUGGUACUCAACCAUCCGACCUGCUUAAUUAACUGAGUUAGAUAACUCUAGUUUGAAUUAUAUUCAAAUAAUGGCCCCUUUUUUAUUCAACAUAGAAAUUCUGGUUAAGGUUUUGCAUGUCACCACAUUUAAGUCAAUAUCUCAGCAGAUAUAUAUCAUGUAUUGCAUUGAAACUUCACUCACAGGCUCCCAACCAUUAAACCUUCUUAUUGAAUCAAGUAAGAUAACUCUAUCUUUCAUAUUAUAUAAUUUUUGCCCCUUUAUUAUGUGACUUAGAAAUUCUGGUUACGGUCUUGCAUGUUAGCACACAUAAUAUCUCAGUAACUACUUGAUGUAUUGCAUUGAGUUAGGUAACUGUAUUUUGCAAAUAAUGGCCCUUUAUUAUUAGACUCAGAAAUUCUGGUUAAAAUUUUGCAUGUUACCACAUUAAUGUUAAUAUCUCAGCACAUCAUGUAUUGCAUUGGAAUCUAAUCUAACAGUGAUCCAUGCAUGUUUCGCCAAAUCUUUCCAAUCCUUACACUGAAAAGAGGCGGAAUUGUCGAGCGCGCUGUCUCUGUGACAGCUCUUGUUAAACUUGUGAUUUUAAAGUUAAAAUUUUAGACAUCAGGUUUAAAUAUGUUUCACUUAUAUGCCUUCAGUUUGGAAGUUGUAAAAGUAUUGAACUUUUAUAGAUUGCAUUGUGAAAGUUUAAAUGUCAUAUUUUGAAAGUUCAUAACACAUGGUUUGUGAUAUAAUGAUGUCACAAAAGCAAAUAAACUCACAAAUGUUUAAGGAUAAAGUACCAGUAAUUGUGCAAUCCUGAAUAUUUACACUUUUCAAAGAAUCUAAAAUAGUUGUUUUGAGUGUUAUAUUAGAAAAUACAUUUUUUUUAUUUUUUUAUUUUUUUUAUUUUCAAUUGCGAAAAUUGAUUUGCUCAUGUUGAUUCAUAAAGUUUCUAUUCUAGGAACUUUUAGGAUGCAGUUAUAUAUUAUUCCCAGUAGAACAGAAGGUUUUAGGAGCGGGAAAUUGUUUAAGUGUUGUUUGUCCAUCCAUCUUUCCGCUAUUAUGUCCAUCUAUCACAGUUUUUUCUUGGAACUUUUUCUUGGUAGGGAUUGAUCAGAAUGUUCCACUUGAUGAUACAUGUAUCUUGACCGCUAGUAAAAGUGGAUCACAUGGGGUCAAAAACUAGGUCACUAGGUCAUAUAUUUGAACACACUCUUAGAGACAUGAUAUUUGAUCCAAUAUUCAUUAAACUUAAGCAGGAUGUUUUCUUUGAUUUAAUACUUUAACACCAGGUCAAAAAAUACGAUACUAGGUCAAUUUUUAGAAAUUCCUUGUGAACACUUGAAGGCCUAGUUUAAGGAAUGUUUGGCAUGAUAAUCUCCUGCUCUGCAUAUCCUGCUAAUUGCACUGGUGUCACAGUAGGGGCCAAAUUUCCUGUGUAUUUGUUUAUUGGCUCAGGGCCAUUUAGGGUCCAUUUUUAUAAUCAAACUUCCAAAACUGCACAGCAGGUUACUCAGAUUGGAGAUCUGAUAAGACAAUUAGGCAAUAAGAUUUAGAUCAAUUAACAGAGGUUGUGUACAAAUACACGUUUUUUUUAUUUUGUUUUUUGUGGGAGGGGGUCACUUAUAGAAGGCUUAAACGAGGCCUUUAAGAGGCUAUAUUUAGUUGGAAUAUGUCUCGUCCAAUCUUUUGGAUUUUAUCAGUGUUUGUCUGGCUGAAAUAUUGGACAACUAUGUCACAAGGUUAAAUUAAAGAAAACACUAAAGGGGUAAUAUUUAUGGUCAAUUUUUAGCCAUGAUGUUAUCCCCUGCUCAACUGAAGGUUUCGGGGGGGGGGGGAUAUUGUCUGACCAUUUGCUAGUUUCAUCUUUACAAUUUUUUGGCUGUCCAGAUCCAUUUUUUUGUAUUAAGUGGUUCAUUUAAGUUCAUGUGAAACUAGUACAAAUGCUACUCUAUUUACAACACACUUUCAUUUCUAAUGUUUGCAAACAAACUCAAAUUCAUAUCCAACUUUCAUAUUAGUAUGUCUCUCUGCAGCUGUAUGAUAUGUUUCGAUAAGAAUAUUUCAUCAACUUUUUAUUUCCGUUCCAUGUACUUUGCCUUAUCAGACAGGGGAUAUCAAUUCAACGAAUUACAACCUCAACUAUAAUGAACCAUUGGUUUAUCCAAUGACUCAAAAGAUAAAUAUGUUCAUGUAUAUUUUUGGAAAAUGUUAUCAUCAGUACUCGAGAUGUUCAAUAUGUUUAGACUAUUAAACCUAUUAAAUAUCCGAAAAUUG